AUCAAAGCGGCACAGAAAGAGAGAGAGACAGAGAGGGUGUGUGUGUGUGCUUGUGGGGUUGUGACGGCUCACAAGUUGCGUUCUUAGCUUCCUUCCAUCCUUCCCAUUUACCGCUGCUUUUCUUGUUCUUGUUGUCGUUUGCGCCCUUUUGCGAUGCCCUUCUUUUGCUGGGACUGAGAAGAGAGAGAAAGAGAGGAGCGGAUGGGGAGGGAAGUGAUGAGGUCACGCCGCUGGAAUGAGGUUGCAGCGGCUCUGAAUUGAAUUGAAUUGCUUGCCGACUUGGGCUUUCCAAUAACAGGUAGAAAACAUCACCGACCAGCGCAUGACCAGCGCAUGGAGGCGAGCGCAGGUCUGGUCGCCGCCUCCCACAACCGGAACGAACUCGUGGUCAUCCGCCGCGACGGUGAUAUGGGGCCGAAGCCGCUGCAGCAGCUAAGCGGGCAAAUCUGCCAGAUCUGCGGCGACGACGUCGACCUCACCGUCGACGGGGAUCUCUUCGUCGCCUGCAACGAGUGCGCCUUCCCCAUUUGCAAGACUUGCUACGAGUACGAGAGCCGGGAGGGCAACCAGGUUUGCCCCCAGUGCAAAACCAGGUUCAAGAGGCUCAAGGGGUGUCCUUGUGUGUCUGGUGAUGAAGAAGAGGAUAACAUUGAUGAUCUUGAGAAUGAAUUCAACUUCGUCAGGGGAGAAAAGCAGGAUUCACAUUACAUAGCUGAGGCCAUGCUGCAGGCCCACAUGAGUUAUGGCCACCAGGCUGACAUCAACACGCCUUAUGUGGUUCAUACUGUGCCCGAAGUCCCUCUCCUCACCAAUGGCGAGAUGGUUGAUGACAUUCCUCCAUAACAGCAUGCUCUCGUUCCUUCGUUCAUGGGUGGUGGAGGGAAAAAGAUUCGUCCGCUUCACUUUUCAGAUCCCAAUCUUUCAGAUAUUCCAGAUUCUGCACUACCAAUAGGAUAUUCUGCUCAUGGUUCGUCUUAUCAUUUCGUAUCAAUCUACUGAUCAGCUAUCGAUACGGUACAAUACCGAGCUAUAAUUGAAUGUACCAACAUAUGAUAUGAUGGGACAUACUGAAGUACCACUCCUACAAGCCUCUUGUCGGACCAAUACGUACCACCCAUACCGAGUGGUGUUCCUCGAUGCGGCGAACCUUGAUUCUACUUAUCUAAGGAUGAGAAUUCACAAUGUCAAUCCUUGAUGUUUUCUAGUUUAUCAAGGAAUUAAUGCCAAAUCUUUUCCUGUGCAGUGCACCUUAGAUCCUUGGAUCCUUCUAAGGAUCUCUUGACCUACGGAUAUGGAAGCGUGGCUUGGAAGGAGCGGAUGGAGAAUUGGAGACAGAAGCAAGAGAAAAUGCACAAGAUGAGGAAUGAUGGUGGUGGUAAAGGUUGGAAUAAUGAUAAAGAGGAACCUGAUUUACCACUGUAUGAAAAAGAAGGGCAACCUGCGUGCAACGAGGACCGUGGUGACCGGUUCGAUCGUAGGCUGCGGCAGGCGACUGCGGCGAUCGGCAUGGGCCCAUGAGCAGGAGGCUAGCGGCGAGGAUGACUACGAUGGGCGAUUGUGGUGAUGAGGAACGCGGAGUGAAAACCCUCGCAUGAGGGCCGUGUGAAUGCAAGCACAAGGCUCGACUACGAUGUGGAAUGCAGGUGGGGGUCUGUGAAAAGUUGACUUCGGUUGAUUCGAGCACAAAUCUAACUCAAUUUUAGUCGAUUCCCACAAAUUCUCCUCCUUGACGAAUCCGUUCAACUUGGAGAUUUCAUCUUCUCUUUUCCCAAAAGUACUCCAUAGGGCAUUAGCUAAAGCUCGUUGCAGGUUGAUCAAAUCAAAUUAAAACAGCGCUCGAAUUCAGUCAAAGGAAGCAGUUUCAUCAGCAUAUCUGUCGGGUUGUGAGCUGUAUCAAUUUUGUGAAGAAAAACUUCCUUGUUAGUAAUUGCUUCAUGAAUAAAAUGGUGCUCUGACUAUCUUUAUACA